AUGACAGAGGUUGCGGUGGAGUUUGCUAUAGAAAUCUUGAGUUCCCUUAUUGUCCAAGAAGUCAAGUUGCUGGGAAACGCAAGGCCGAAGCUGAAGAAGAAGGAAGAAAUAAUGAAGGUGUCAAAACAUGGAGAUGAAGGAUCAAGUAGUGGUACAGGAGGUGUUAUACCACAUGACUCUCGAGUUGGCUCCAUUUUCAUUGAAGAAUUAAAGAUUGUGGGCAUUGAAUCUUCUAAACAUAAAUUGAUUGAUUUAUUGGUGAAUGGAAAAUCAAAUCUCUCAGUGAUUGCGAUGGUGGGUGAAGGAGGAUUAGGCAAGACCACUCUUGCUGGGAAAAUUUAUAAUAAUGAUGUUGUGAAGAAGCAUUUUGACUGUCGGACUUGGAUCACAAUUGGGAAAGAAUACGUGAAGAAAGAUCUAUUAAAGACAAUUAAACAAGAAGUUCACCAUCAAACAGGGUACCCUUCAGUAGAGAUAGAGGAUACGGAAGAGACGAAUUUGAUGACUGCAUUGAGAACGCUCUUGAAAGACAAGUGUUACAUGGUUGUGUUUGAUGACGUCUGGAAAGAUGAUUUCUGGGAAGAUGUUAAUUAUGCUUUGCUUGAUAAUAAAAAAGGCAGUAGGGUAAUGCUGACAACAAGAUACAUGACUAUUGCUCAUUCAGUUCCUUUUGUGAAUGUCCAUGAGCUUGAACAUUUGCCUUCAAAUAAGGCAUGGGAACUAUUUUGUAGAAAAGCGUUUGGCUUCAACAUGUCUUGUCCAACGGAGCUGGAGAAAUUGUCUCAUGAAAUCCUUGCAAAGUGUGGAGGUUUACCAUUGGCAAUUGUGGCUGUAGGUGGUAUUUUGUCAAAUAAGAACAAGGUUGUCUCUGAAUGGCAAAAGUUACUUGGUGGUUUAGGCUCAAAGUUAGGGAGCGAUCCCCAUCUGAGAAGUUGCAACAGAGUUUUAUCUGAAGGUUAUUAUGAUCUCCCUCACCAUUUGAAGUCAUGCCUCUCGUACUUUGCCUUGUUUCCACAAGGCUUUGAAAUUAAAUUUGGGAAACUAAUACGCCUAUGGAUAGUUGAGGGUUUUGUCCAGUAUAGCAAACACUACUCGCUUGAACAAGUUGCAGAAGAUUACUUGACAGAGCUAAUUGACAGAAGUUUGGUUCAAGUUUCAAGGAGAAAGGUUUCGGGACGAGCUAGAACAUGUAAAGUCCAUGAUCUAAUGCAUGAGAUCCUUCUCAACAAGACUAAAGGAUUGGGUUUCUAUCGAGACCUAAGUGGAGAAAACUUGAGUCAUAAAACUCGUCGUAUUUCAGUAAAUAGAGGUACUGAUGUUGCUCUAGAAAGAAUCAAGGAUUCAAAGAUUCAUUCUAUUUGUCUUUUCAAUGUAGACAAACUUCCUCGGUCUUUCAUGAGUACAGUUUUUGCCAGUUUCAAGUUUCUGAAAAUACUUGAUUUUGAAGAUUGUCCUGUGGAACACCUUCCUGAUGGAGUGGGAAAGCUCUUUCAUUUGCACUACUUAAGUUUGAGGAGAACAAACAUAAAAGAACUUCCCAAGUCUAUAGGCAUGCUUAUAAACUUAGAAACUCUAGAUUUGAAGUUCUCUUUUGUGGCUGAGCUGCCGGUUGAGAUUAAGAAUCUUAAAAAAUUGCGUUGUCUAAUUGUAUAUCAUAGGUACGGAUUCAUUACCAAAAUACAUAAAGGUCUUGGGGUUUUAACAAACCUCAAUAGCCUACAAGUUGUGGAAGCAAAUUCUAAAGUUCUUGAAGAGCUUAAGCAGCUAAGGCUAUUGAGGAGGUUGGACAUUCAACUUGAAAAUAGAUUUUUGAAGAAUCUGUUCCUUAUUGUCAAAACUAUGGAAAAUCUUGAACGUUUGGCCAUAACAUCUAAAUUUGAAGAAGAGAUUCUUAAUAUAUCAUGUGUGGCCUCUCCUCCAGAAUGUCUUCGAAGUUUGUUUUUAAAAGGGAAUAUUAAGAAGCUACCGUUCUGGAUUUUUGAACUUAAAAAACUAAUUAACAUAGAAUUGUUUUAUACGGGAACAACUGAUGAUGAUCCCAUAAGUGCCCUUCAAGGCUUACCUAAUUUAUUGAGGCUCAUUAUCAAUAUGAGGUAUUGUGAUGAGAAAUUGCAUUUGAAAGAAGGUUGGUUUCCGAAGCUUGAAGCAUUGUAUCUUGAGAACUUUGGAGGAUUAAAAUGGAUGAUGAUAGACAAAGGUUUCAAUGCCUAA